AGAAGAAGCUUAGAAAAGAUACAAGGAGGCCUAACAAAAAAAGCAAUGGGAAUAAAAAAAAAUACUCCAGAAUAUAUAUGGGGCAGAGAAUCGGGAGUUGAUACGAUAAAAGAAAAGAUGACAAGGAGAGCAAUAAAUUAUAUAGAAAAAAUUAUUAAGAUGGAAGAUAGUAGACUAGCGAAGAUAUGCUUGAGAGAAGAAUGUAGAGGAAUAUUAAAUAAGAAUAUGACAAGGUGGGAAAAUUAUUGGAAUGAGAAAGGGGUAAGUGCAUGCAAUAAAGAAAGUUGGGCGAGAAUGAAGUGUGGCAAUGUCGGUAGAGCGUAUAAAAGUGAGAAGGUGAUAAAUGAAAAGGAAGAAUGGAACUGUAGGAUGUGUGGCAAUUACAGGGAAACGUUGGAGCAUAUAUUAGUAUGCCCAAUGUUGAGAGAUAAAUGUGACAAAAGAGUAAACAAGGAAAUGGAUAGUAUGUUUAAAGAGAAAAGAAACAAAGAAGGUGUAACUAAUCGUUUCGAUAUUAUAAGUACACAUUGGUAA